GAGAAGUUGUCGGAAGUUCGUAAAAUAUUAGUGGACUGUGGAGUAACAGAAUAUGAUGGGAAAAGUACGGCCAGAAUUAUCGGUAGAUUAGUAGGUACUGUAUGUUUUAAUAUUUUUUGGUGGAAUUCAACAAAAUUUGACUAUUUUGACUCAGCUAUUUAACAGUUACUCUGCGAACACGAGUUGUAUAAUAGCUGAUAGCCAACGGCGACGAGGUGUGUACCGCCAUAUACGGCGAGAGUGAGUAGAAUAUAGUUGUUUUAUAUAUAUAGAUAUCAAAUUUUGCCGGGUUUUACCGGAUAGUACUGGGCUUUUUUUAGAACCAUGAAACCGAAAAAUGUUUCCUUUGUCUGUUUUGUGCGUUAAGAAAUUGUGGAAUAGGAACAAUUACUGGGAAUGUAGAAAAAAAUUUCGUGAAGUAAACUGCCCCCUGUUGUAGGUCGCCCGGUACAUACAGGUACAGUACAUACUGUACGUACGCUCACCCAGCGAAAUGCAAGGUUGAAACAAUAUCACGAAAUCAUCUCUUUGUCUUUGACUACAGUGUACAGUACGUUUAAAAUUUUACUUAAGCAAUAUUACAGUAACGCCCUGAACUUGUGUUAUGACACUGAGGAUGCGAGGACAUGGAAGACGGUUCGCGUCAAUUAAGUGUAAUUCUGCGUGUACCUCUUGACCACUCGUUGUUGUUGUUUUUAAUGUUUUUGCUAAAUACGUUUGUCUUGAUGUUUGUUGUAAAAUAACCGCUUAUUGAGGUCUGUACUGUGAAAUAUCAGACCGAGGUUUUUUAGUAUGGACCGAGCGACGAAGGAGCGAGGUACAUGCAAAAAACAGAGGUCUGAUAUUUCACAGUACAGACCGAACAAGCGAGGUCAAUAAUCGGUUUAUUAUGUGGCUGAACUGAGUCUGUGAGCAUAUGCUUUUCGCGCGAAUUAAAUCGGCUAUCGUCAGUUUCACUGGGUAACAAUACACGGUAGGCAUGCCUGCUCAAUCAAAAACAAUUUGGUUGUUUGAAAUUUUUAUCUGUAAAUUUUAAUGACACACAAUUGGAAAAUUAAAAAGCAAACAGUUUUUCUGAAAAUACGGACCACGGUCCGGAUAUGGGUUUUUACGGACCGCUUGUCAACCAAUCAGAAUAGAGAAUUUUGAAAAGCCAUAUAAUAAUUAUUGUUAUAGCACCUCUUGCCGAAAUCUUUCUUCGGCUAUGGAAGUGUUACGUCAGUUUCUCUAUUUCUUGAAAUAUAUCCGUUUCAUUAUUUAAUUGGAAGGAUUCUCUUACAUUGGGUGUGGUGUGGGCGUUUCAAUUUUAUGCAUAACGAUUGAUUUUAGGUAGAUUCGUCUUCUGGGGGUUUCCAGUGAAGAUUUUGAAACAGAUCAGCAGAUCGAUGGUCGCAUAGGUUGCUCCCGAAACUACUCUAAUAUUAUCCUGUACUAUCCAGUGUCCCAGUGUCAGGCGAAACAGUAUCCAGCACAUCCCUAUACCUGAAUAAAUGGAAUGGAAUCACGUGGAUAAUAUUCCAUGAUUUGUGUUGGUGAAUUUACAAUUGCCUUUCGUUUUUGUUGUAGGAUCAUGCGAAGCUGAUGAAACAAUUAUGAUUGACCGACCUAACUUGGACGACGUUGCACGCAAUCAACUUAAUGCUUUUAGACAAGCUCUUCUUGAUGCAGGUAAAUAUAAGUGUUUGAACGGCUUUGCAAACAUACUGUAUCAUUUUUUAUAUACUGUAGCACCAUGGGCCCAUGAAAAUGGGUCAAAUCUGAACCUCGUAAAUAAUUUUGAUAGACUAAAAGUGGAGUAUUUAUUUUUGCAUGUUUAUAUUGUAAAGUACGUAAACUACGUAUUGUAAGGAUUAACGUCUUGUGUAAAAUGGCUGGACUCACUUUUGACCUCCAUUACCACUAUCACUGCCUCGCGCUGACCUGGUUUGAAACUAGUGGUUCGUUGUGGUGCCCAGGGGUCAAAUCUGAACCUCGCAAAUAAUUUAACAGUAGUAUUUAUUCGUGUAUGUUUCAUAUAAUGUAAUGGCCUGUAAAAUCAGUAUUACAUUGUCCGGUUUGUAGUUCGUAAUAUGUCGUGUUUUAGUGAUGUCAAAUCCUCCAAUUCGGACUGAACUAGAUUUCAAGUCCUCGCAUUUUGAUCCGGUCCUCGGCUUCGUCUCGGACGUGAUCAAAUUGCGCGGAUUUAAAAUCUAGUCCAGUCCUCAAGUCGGAUUUGAAAUAUUUCAUCACCAUUACCACAAUAAUUCCCUGAGCUCUUCCAGGGGUAAUGUUUCGUCUUUUCUACCGAACACUCCUGUGGCCUGUACGUAGCUCUAAAUGAUUAUGGACUUGUUAAUUUAACAUCAGUUUACGGAACUCCCAUGGAACUCUACUGAAACUUCACAAUUAUACUUUCUUUAGAUCGAACGUUUCCAACACACAAAAUGUUUAUGGAAGGUACAAGUUUGGGUAAAGAAGGACGGGCGGCAUUGUUUCGUAUUUUAGCUGUCUAUAUCCUAUACAAUCCACAAGUUUCCUACUGCCAAGGUACAGUAGGUGUAUGUUGAACAUUCGAACCUUAAGAUUUUUUAAAGCCUGGUUACAUACCGAAUGCUUGCGGUAUGCCUGCGUUAUCAUUGUUUACAGCUGUUGAUGCAUGCAUUCUUUUGUGAAUUAUUUGGUUGAACUGCUAAGGACAAUAGUCCGCCGACAUACCGCAGGUAUAUAAUGAGUAUAUAAUCCAAACGUCUGGACUGCGCGCAUCCAAAUGACGCGUUCUGCGAAUCUGCGUCAACAGAAAUUGUAGUUUAAUGUUAACAUAUACUAGCUCAUGGCGUUACCUAUAUUAGCUUCGUUAAAUUGUUUGCAUUAUUUUAUAUUCACGUUAUUUUUCAAGGUAUGUCAUAUAUUGGUGGAAUGUUGUUAACCCAGAUGACUGAAGAGGUUGGUUUUAUUUCUAUUUAC